AUGUUGCUUAGAAGAGUUCGGCUACCAAACAAGCCGCUGGUGAUAUUGUCUUGGAAGAACUCUGUAUACAUUGGAGAUGCCCACGGAGUUGUGUAUGAGAUGAAGCAUCCGUAUAUUGCUCCAGUGGCCAUAUUCCAAUCUCCAGGACCGGUAUCUGCGUUGGAUGGAGCAGAAUGCCUGUACUAUGGGAAUUGGGAUGGAGACAUAGGAAUAGUUGGCGGAGGAAAGAUUAAUCUGGGAAACCAUAUGGUGAAGUGCAUGGUUGUUCACGGAGACACAGUGUAUGCCUCGGUGGGUUUGAUGGUAUAUGGUCUAAGUCUUGAAUUGAAGAUAAAGUGUUCUUACGAGGUUAAGCACAAGGUUUUGUGUAUGACUUCCUUCCAAGGGUCGGUCUAUUGUGGCAUGGGAGUGUCAUUUCUAUCACGCAUUCAUAAUGGGCUUGAGAUUGUUGGAAGGAGUUUGCAUGAUACCUCGAUCUUUUGCAUUUCAGGAGAGUAUACCGGAUCUGCAGACGGAAAAGUCCUAAAGCAGGAUUACGAUGAAUUAGAGAAUGCUAAAGAGAUCUACAGAGGGAAAAACUGGAUCAGAUCAAUGUACAACCAGCAUUUAUUUUCUGAUGGAAGAGAUGUAAUGGGUGACAUUGAUGGUCUGAAGGGAAGCUUGGGGAGCGGAGUAAAGCUCAUGUAUUCUCAUGAAGAAGAUGUGGUGGGAGUGGUUAGAGUAGGAGGCAUGAUUAUCUCGAUUGGACUGGACUACUGCUGCACCAUCCUUGAAGUGGAGCCAAGCCUCAGCAUGGAGGAAGAAAAGGAACUAGCGGAGCUUAUGAACGGAUAG